GAUAUUCGAAUUGCGACUCUACAUCGCAUAGAAAAGCUAUUGACCCGUGUUCUAAAAUUAAUUCCAUGGAUGUAUGUUGUCCUCUUAGUGGAUUGCUUGACCAUACCACAACACCAAAACCCAAGGAAACCCUAGAGUUGCUUGACGAUACUACAACACCAAGACCCCAGAGAAACCAAAGAUUGCUUUAUGAUACCACAACACCAAAACCCAAGAAAACCCGAGGCUGCGGUGUUCGCAAUGUGGGUGCCAUAGAUAUUUCCAUUCGAGGAGCCCAAUUGUAUCAAUCUGACGUUUUCGAAUUUCCUUGGACUGUCGCCAUAAUGGAGUCCGGAAACUACUCCUUUUCUGGAUCACUUAUACAUCCCCAGGUGGUUUUGACUGCCGCCCACAGAGUUCAAAAGUGGAAAACCUAUACGAUUCGAGCUGGAGAAUGGAAUUUCAAGUCAAAGAGUGAGCGUCAACAGUAUCAGGAAGUAAAAGUCCAAAGAAUUAUUAAUCAUCCUCAAUACGAUUUCAAGUCCUUUGCUAAUGAUUUCGCAUUUUUAAUUCUGGAAGAACCGUUCACACUGAAUGAUCAUAUAAAUGUGAUAUGUUUACCAGAUCAAGCCGUCGUUCCUCUGCCCUCCACCACUUGCUUUGCCAAUGGCUGGGGCAUGGAUGCUUCUGGAGAUUCGGGAAAAUUCAGUGCCAUAAUGAAACGGGUGCCCUUAGGCAUUGUGGAAUCUAAUUAUUGUCAGGAGAGGCUCAGAAUGACCCAUCUUGGACCUAAGUUCUCCUUGGACCCUUCGUUCAUUUGCGCUGGAGGAAAGCAUGGCAUUGACACCUGCCAAGGCGAUGGUGGAGCUCCACUGGCCUGUCCCAUUGGAGAACCCUCUGGAAACCGCUACCAGCUGAGUGGCAUAGUGUCAUGGGGCGUUGGAUGUAAUAAUCAGUUGCCAGCGGCUUAUUCCAACGUAGCCUUGGCACGAGCUUGGAUCGACCAACAAAUGAUGGUCAAUGGCUUCAGCACGUCUUUCUACACCGCUUUAUUGGAUUGA